AUGUGUCUACAAUUGUCCUCACAAACCCACUCCAUUUCUGAUAGGUUAUUGCGUAGUGGUCAAAUGGAAAUCGUGUCCGGUGGUUGGGUAAUGCCGGACGAGGCCGCAUCCAGUUACUAUGCUAUUGUGGACCAAGUGAUCGAAGGACAUCACUGGUUAUGGGAAAAUUUCGCUUAUCGACCAAACGUGAGCUGGGCUAUCGAUCCGUUCGGACAAAGCACUACCAUGGCUUAUUUGGUCCGCAAAAUGGGGUUCACUGGCAUGGUGAUCGGUCGGGUGCACUACGAAGUAAAGAAGUAUUUGGCUUUGCGAAAAGCGUUGGAGUUUAAAUGGAGACAAUCCUGGGACCGCAACACACAAGCCCAAAUCCCUUGUCAUAUGCUGGCUUUCUACGCGUACGAUGUACCUCACACGUGCGGACCGGAUCCGGCAGUGUGUUGUCAAUUCGAUUUCCGGCGAUUGAAAAUGUUCCCUUGUCCGUGGAAAAUUCAGCCGAAGGAAAUCCAUCCGGGAAAUGUGGCCGAGCGGACCGCGUUAUUGAUAGAUCAGUAUCGAAAGAAGUCUACCCUAUACAACCAACGUGGGGUUCUUCUGGUUCCUCUCGGUGAUGAUUUUCGCUUUCUGUCUACGACCGAAUGGGAGUUGCAGUUGAACAAUUACAAUCAAAUCAUUCACUAUUUAGAGGCACAUCCUGAGCUACGUGUUAAGCUCAGAUUCGCCACCCUGUCCGAGUAUUUUCGAGAGUUCUAUCGACAUCGAAAUCACGAUUACUGGUCCGGAUAUUUCACCAGUCGACCCAUUGAGAAACUGAUCACACGUGUUUUGGAAUCCGAAUUGCGUGCAGCGGAGAUCCUGUACACCUAUGCUCGUCGCUUAAUUCUAUCCGCUAUGAAUGAAGCUGCCGCAUUGGGAGCGUUAGUUUUUCAGUUGGAUAGUCGAUUGUCCGAGGCUCGUCGUAAUCUUGGUCUGUUUCAGCAUCAUGAUGCUGUGACGGGAACGGCAAAACCUCAUGUUGCUGCCGACUACAAUCAACGAUUGUUGGCUGCAUUGCAAAAUUGUCGUCUGAUUUCUACCAUAUCCGCCGCAGUCCUGUUACUGAUACCACAGCAAACGGAAAUUGAAGUUCGAACGAAUCCUCCAAUGAAUUUGGCCCAAGUGGUGGGAACUUUACAGGAGUUGGAAACCGCGAGCUUGACGGAAAAUGCGAUUGCGGCCCUUCGGAAUAUCGAGGACAAUUACUCUCCUUCCGCCGCGCCUAUUCCGUACCGGUUAAAGUUUGAAGCACCUGAUUAUCCAAUCCCUAUUGUUCUGUUCAAUCCACUACCCCAUCCUCGAACCACCGUGGUUACAAUAGAGAUGCAUGGCACACAUGAAUCGUUCAAUGUGAAUAUCAGUCCGUCAUUUGUUGGUGCACCCCAAGAUACCACAAUCAUUCAAGUUGAAUCGCUAUCGACAGAGUCUACUCAACCUGUGCGUCUUCGUGUAGGCCCGGUCCAUUUGGCUCCAUUGAGCGUCUCUCAGCUAGUCUUAAUCCCUUCGGAAUCGUCUGGUGAAAAAUCGGUUUUGGUCUCGCCGGAGCCUCCGGUCCCAACGAAAAAUUCCAAUCUCAUAUGGCUCAGUUCAGAGUCCAUUCGUUUGGGAUUCGACGGUACAACCGGCUUCCUACGAUUCAUACGACGUCAGUACUACGAUAAGAUCCCGUUCCAGGGAAAUUUGUAUCCCAUGCCUUGUGGUGUUUUCAUUCAAUCUGUGCCUUCUGAAAUGAACAAACCGGCGGCGGCAGUGGUGGUCCCUCGUUUAAAUCUAUUCUCCACCUACACGCAUGGCGUUACCAGCCCAGAUCCGGGUUCAAUUUACGUGUGGCUCGAUCGGCGAUCACCGCAUGAUGAUAAUCGCGGAUUGUUUGAUGCUUUGCUGGGCACAUGGAUUGCUCGAAGCAAUUUUCGUCUGUUCGCCGAAUUAGUUUCCCCCGAUUUGCUCUUUCAUCCCGGGGCCGCUCCGGUUCUCACUCACGCUGCGCACAACAUAUUAACUGAUCUAGUUCGACCGGUUCAACGGUUUAUCGCAGAUCACCACAUGUCACCGCAUAUGGCGCGGACAGUUUCACUCAUGCCUGAUUUCACUUUACCUUCGGAUUAUGAACUUGUCUCCCUGAAAACCUUCAAUCUCAAAACAGAGUUGUUUAAACUGCAUCAGUUCACCAAUAGUUUGUUCUAG